UUUGAUUGAACUUUUGAGAUUGAGUUAAGUUCUCCUCCUACCGCUUACCCCCUAGUGCUUCGAAAGCCAUAGCGUCGCGAAUACUUCAUCAAUCAACGUGAUUCAAAUUAGGAACGGUAGAUGACAUUAAGAGCUACAACAUAUCCGAGUUUCGCGACAUUCCAACGGCUAGUUUUGCGUCGACGUCGUUUCUUGUGAAGACGACUUUUCUGUCCAGAAUUUUCGGAUUUAUAUUUUGAGGAAUUGUAGCUCCUAAACACACCUAGACUCCGUCCUUAAUCCUAACAAGUGGUAUCAGAGCUAGAUUGAGGACAUUGAGAGGAGACUACAGAAGUGUGAAGACCCUUCUAGACCCACCAUGGCCUGUGGGUGUGUCUAAGUGGUGUUCUAAAGGUUGGAUGUGUCUUCCGCUAAGGGGAAACUCUGCCGAAAUUUCGUGGACGCCGACACUUGUGAAAAUAUCGAGGGAGCUGAGUGUGGACAGCAAAGGGGAGCUGAAAUUCGUCAUUUCUCAAGGAGAAGAUGAAUGAGAGGGGAGGAGAUGCUAAUGGAAGAGGAGCUGUACCUGAGAAGACAAGUGAGCCGCCGCCAUCAAAAGUUGAAGCUUUGGAUGGCUCCAACUAUGAGGAAUGGAGCGGGCGGAUGAGGAGUGCCUUCAAACGCUACAAGCUACUGAAGAUUGCUAUUGGGAGAAGAUGCCGGAAGAAGGCGAAGCACGUGAACGGUGGAUUGAGAAAAACGCGGUGCUUUUCGACCUCAUCCUUCAAUCGGUCAACAAGGAGAUGUUCGAGCACAUCAAGCAUCUUGUGGAAGCGGAUGAUUCGGGUCCAAGGGCAUGGAAACUACUACGUGAUGUGAUUCAGCCCAACACUCUUCCGGUGGUGAUCGUGCUCGAAAAGGAACUUGCUGCCAUCUCCAUGCGACCAGGGGACGAUGUGAAGCCGGUCCUUGACAAGAUCAAGGACACCUAUGCAAGGAUGGCAGCAGCGGGCAGCAGUGUAUCUCAGCGGCAGCAGUGCACCAAAAUCAUCUCGGUGUUGGACAACUCUUGGGACAACCUCAUCCGCACCCUCAACUCUCAGCAAGAUCAAUGGACAUCUGAGUGGCUAAGGCAGCAGAUUCUGCAGGAGGACUUCCGCAGACGCCAUGUGGGAGGUGGUGCUUCCACUAAGACUGCUGAGGGGUAUGGAGCUGCAGGGCGUGGCAGAGGAAGAGGGGGUUGGAGAGGCCGAGGCCAUGGGAGGAGCUUUGGCAGAGGUAGAGGCCGAGGUGACUAUAAUGAGGGGCAUGGGAGCUCCAGUGGCAGGGGGAGUACCAGAAUGGAGGGCACCUGCUGGUACUGUAAGAAGGUCGGGCAUCCUUGGUUCAAGUGCUUCAACAGGCCGGAGGGAUGGGCACCUCCAGGCAUGAAGCCGCCAAGUGGUGAACGUGCACAAGGUGGCGCUGUGCAAGGCUCAGGUGCACAAGGUGAAGGUGCACAGGGUAAUACCUAUCCUGGGAUGUUUCUCAUGGUUGAGGAUGUGCAUGGGCAUGAGGGUGAUGUGGGAUCUGUGGGAAAGGUUGUGAUGCACCCUCUCACACACUGGGUGAUUGAUUCAGGUUGCACCAGUCACAUGACCCCACGGGCAGAUUUGCUUGAUGAGGUAAAAUCCCCUGGGAAGAUUAAGUAUGUGGCAGCAGCGUCAGGUGCUUUGCUCCCUGUGAUUGGUGUUGGAAAUGCCAAGGUUAAGGGAGCUAAUGGGGAGCUUGUGGGGCUUGGGAAUGUUCUGCUGGUUGAAGGUUUGUCUGCUAACCUUCUCUCUGUGCGGCGACUGCAGAAGAGCAUUGUCUGUCUGUUCAACUGGAAUUACAUCCCAAGUGCUCUCGUCAAGAACACUCAUCCCCUCUCCAAAUUGCUCCCAUCUACCUCGCCACCCAACAGUUUUGCCGCCUCAUGGUGAGGCCAACCCCCGGCUCGCACAGCCGGGGGUCAUUCCCUCGCGGCACAAGCUGGCCGGUCUCAUCAUGCGGCAGACGGCGCAAUGCAAGGUGUUGGUGAAGGCAGAGAUGGCAGCUGACAAGGGGGUGAGCGUGAUCUCGUACACGACGGGCAUCUGGUUGUCGGAGAAUGACAUCAGUUUCAUGGGCAUCAAGACGCUUUACAUUGACGCCCAGUGGACGCUGAGGCAGGCGACGUUGGACUUCAGGCCUCUCUCCGCUGGGCACACAGCGAGGCCUCACAGUCAUCCUCGAGGAGGUGAUUGAGGAUUGAGGGCUUGCCGGGCGGUGUAUGGCGCUCACCACCGUCAAAUGGUGGCAUUCGGUCUGCUCAAGGCAGGCGACCAGGGAGGCGGGGCGAGGCGAACAACCCCUCAGUUCGGCGAGGCCGCCCACGUCCGGGGUGUAACAAUAGGGAGCAGGCCGAAUUGGACAAGGCAGUCACUGACGCUGAGUGGGCGCUCCUUGGGGAGUUGAUGGCGUUCAUGGCGCCAUUCAUCAACGUGACAUUGGCCGCCGAAGGGUCGGUAUACCUCACAGUGGCACGUGUGGUGCUGCUGUGUUACUAGACUACCUGGAGAGGAAGCUGUCAGCGGUGAAGGAGGGGUCAGUGACGGCACAUUGUGUGUCCAAGCCGCUAGACAAGAUGCUCACUUAUUUUUAUUCCAGCAGAGAUGACCUCAAUGUGGCAACUUUUCUGGACUCUGCCUUGAAGAGGGUGUGGUUUGAGCGGCCGAUGGUGGCAGGCACCAAGGGGGUGGUGGAGGAGCUGGAUGCCGGCAAGGUGGAGGAAUUGGUUCGUGAGAGGUGGGAGAAGUACAAGAAGAAGGUGGAUGAUGUGGCGGCAGAGAGGAGGGGGGCGUUGGUGGGAGAGGGGGCAACAACGCGAAUGGAGGGGAAGAGAUGGAGUCAGAGGGGGAGGAGGAUGAGGACUUGGGUGUGUUCACUCACCUCGCAUCGGUGCGGGCCUCACAGAUCUCAUUAAUGCAUAAUGAGAUCCAGUAGUACCUGGCGCUCCCCUCUGGCGGAACUGCACGACUGCCCCUUGAAGUUCUGGAAGGUCCACACGGAGCUUCCAGCACUGCAGCUCAUGGCUCGGGAUUACCUCGCCAUCUCGUCCACCUCCACACCUUGCGAGCGCCUAUUCUCACAAGGUCGCAGCCAAAUCCACUGGCAGCGCUACCGCUUGGGGCCAGAGCAAAUCCAUGCUUGUACAGUAUGAUGCUGAAGUCAUGGAUUGCAACCCACCCAAGGCAGCGGCUUGAUGGCCCGCAGGCGGCGGCAGAUGGAGAGACAGCCGACGAUGCGUGGAAGCUGGGCCUUGAGAUCGGUCCGGGGUUGUGAGAGCAUGCUCAGGGGUUUGUGUUGGCUAGGAAAUUGACUUGUAGUGACAUUGU